CUCAACGUUUUGACAGUUUGUCUGUUUGUUUUUUUCCCUCACCUUGCGUCGUCGUUUCGGUUGUGAAUCGUACAAAAAUAAAUAUUAAUGUUUUAAAAUGAAUAUGUUUCUUUGUGAAUGAGAGCCGCUUCCAUUAACAAAACGGAGAGGACCGGAACCUGGUUCGCUGUUCGCUCGUGUCAUCGUAACCGGAAAAUGAAAAAUGGGCAAAAAAUGUGUGGUGCUUGGAUGCGGAAGCCGAACCGGAGAUACGGUUUCAUUUUACGGAUUUCCGAACGAUCCUGGCACGUUAACGCAGUGGCUUCAUUUCUGUGAUCAGGUGGAAAUGCGUGAAGCAGUACAAAGGAAGGAUGGGUUCAAGUUCCGGCAUGUAUGCUCAAAGCACUUUGAGAGGGCAGCAUUUAAGAAUCCAUUGAUCGUAUCUUUAGGAUUAAAGAAGCAUGCGGUUCCCACUAUCAAAACGCUGAACCCCACCGCAGUGGAGGACAACGUAUCGGAUUACGAGUCACAGUACAUCGAACUUUUAAGCAGCGACAUGACCGUUGAUACUGGUGUUGUUGAAGAACAAAUAGAUUAUGCUGUUUACUAUCGUACGCUGUACGAAAAUGAAGUGGCGAAGGUCGAGAUUCUUAAAAAGCAGUUGACGGAAGCUAAAAAAGAAAGAAGAGAUUGCUUACGGCUAAGCAAUAAACGUAAAAAUGCUUUGUAUAAAAAGAUUUGUCAAAUCCGCGCUUUAAAAUUGAAAUUGAAAGAGAAACAAAAAUUAGAAGGUAACGACAAGAUGCUUAUUAAUGCAGUGAAGACUAAUCCGGUAUUGCAAGAAUCUUUAGAAAAUGGAUUAAAAAACAAAUAUGGCAGAAGGUACAGAGCGACUAGAUUUCUUGCUACACGGCAAAAGUUGGCAUCAACUGCAUGCUACAGAAAAUUACGAGCUGCAAAGGUAAUGUGCCUGCCGCAUCCAAAGACGGUAACAAAUUGGCAAAGUAAAGUACAGCUGGCUCCAGGGUUCAAUAAGGAAAUACUUCAACGUAUGUCUCUGAAGGCAAAAACCAUGGCAGAACCAGAAAAGGCUGUAGCCAUUUUAAUCGAUGGAAUGGCAAUAAAAGGAAUGAUCGAUUACCACGCUAAGUCGGACAGAUUUCAUGGAUUUCCGGACGAUGGUGCCCCUAAGCACAUCAGCGGAGAUGACGAAUUAAAACUGGCAACCGAAGCCGUAACCAUUAUGGUUAGAAGUGUACAGUCCACCUACAAGCAGCCUUUGCGAGCCAGUAUUAGUGAGAAUAGUGAACACUGGUGUUUCUUGGAAGAAGCCAAACGCGUUCUCGAGAACACCCUAUUUGUUCCAGCUGAUUGCUUUGACCCAGAAACUGCAUCCGAUGAAGCUCAAAAGCGACUCACGUUGUCCCAAAGACAACCUCCCUGUAUUGCCGGCUAUAUCCAUAAUAUCAACGCUAUUCGUAAGCUUUGGAGGAUAGUCUAUGAUCAACAUGGCUUCUCAACAUUGCGAAUGAUAAAUGUCUGCAACGAUCCACUGGAAAAUGAGUAUGGGAAACUACGGAGAGCAUGUGGAACGAAUGAUGCUCCCAACGCACAUCAGUUCGCAGCAGCUUUAAAAUAUAGCUGCAUAGAAAAAUCUCUAAGCUCCGACCACAACUCCAACUGUAUACCAGAUAAUACGACAAAUUUGGUAGAUGAACAGUGUACAGAUGAAAGUAUGGACGUAGAUCCGUUAGCAAUCGAUGAAAGUUUCUUGAUGUGCCGCUUUGAGCCAUUGGAUAAAGACUUUGAAUUACCCGAUUUGCUGGAAACUAACGCGUUGGUUUAUGUCGUUGGCUACGCGGUGACAAAAUUAAAACAUGUAGCAUGCCAAGAUAGCUUGAAAAGACCCUACAGCAGUGAUGAAUCCCUGGAUGUAAAUUAUACAUUUUGCAAGUACAAACAAUACUUAAAUGCAGCAGGAUUUAUAUAUCCUAAUAGUAAAGCACUAGAAAUUGGUGCUAUACUUUUAAUAGCUCUGAAGCAAAAGUUUUAUAAAUUUUUGCUUGAGUGCCGCAAUGGUGUCAAAAUGAGACUGAAAGAAUAUGUAGAUUACGAAGACUUCAAAGAAAUCUGCUACACAUGUUUUUGUAAAUUUUGUGAUAUCCUGUUGAAUACCUUUUUCAACGGCCAAACUAUUAAAAUGCAGUCUAUUUACCAAAGAAAACAGCGUAAGGCAAGAAUCCGACGUAACGGAAAAGCACGGCGUAUGGAUCUUCCCAUUAAAACUGCCAAAGUGAAAAGGAAAAAAGAUAACUUCAAAGGUUACCACAACGUUGAUAAAACAUGCCAAGAACAGAAAAAACUGAAAAGGGUUCGAGCUGCAAGUACCUGCAUCGAAGAUCCUAAAUGUAAAAAUGCCAGACAAAAUGAAUCCGAAAUCGAAGAAGCGGGUCCCAGUGCAAUAUCAGACAAAAACCCAGAUACCACCACCAAAAAGAUUAUUGAUCCUGAACUUCAAAGGAUGAAUGUCAUUACAGAACAACUGGAAAUGUUGGCUGCUGCCUUUCCAAGGCCUAUCAUAGUUCGCGUGGAGAAAAAGGACUGUUUACACAUUCCGAUUAAGGAUAUACUCGAUACAUAUGCUGAAUAUACGGAAGAACUGACUCAAAUUUUCAACCGGUAUAAAGGAUAUAGUGAGCGGCAUCUACGAUCUGUAAAAGAUUUGGUAAAUUGGGAGGAAGUAUCAUCCAUAUUCACUGAUGAACAACAAUAUGCUAUGGCGUUGUUCUUGGAUGAACAAUUGGUUCCACUGGAUCAAAAAGGACAGUUUACAGAAUUCAUUGAUUCCGUUCUUAUUUUUGAAUGGGGAUUGCGAAUCUUCGAGAAAACUCACAAAUUUUCUUCCCGAAAUGAAGCUUUAUCUCAUAUAUCAAACCAAGAAUUAAUGGCCACGUAUGGCGACGAUAGCGAGGAAGAAUAGGAACAAAUAUUCUACUCAGCAAAGUUCUCAUGCUGCAAACCAAGAACCUCUUCCGAAACAUGUCAACUGUAUCCAUGCCCAAUGCCUGAUAAAACACAUCUAUCAUAGAAUGCUUGAAGCAAAACGUUCAUCAGCAGGCUUCCGAUCUCACCGAAAUACGGCACAUGCCACCGAAGAAACCACGACUUGUAUGAAGUAAUGCUAUUGCUUACUAAACCGCCAAUCCAGGAGGAAGACUAGGAACAAAUAUUCUACUCAGCAAAGUUCUCAUGCUGCAAACCAAGAACCUCUUCCAAAACAUGUCAACUGUAUCCAUGCCCAAUGCCUGAUAAAACACAUCUAUCAUAGAAUGCUUGAAGCAAAUCGUUCAUCAGCAGGCUUCCGAUCUCACCGAAAUACGGCACAAGCCACCGAAGAAACCACGACUUGUAUGAAGUAAUGCUAUUGCUUACUAAACCGCCAAUCCAGGUUGACAAAAACAGGAAGCGGGUAUCCGACGAAGCCAUAAAAAAGGAUAACUGCUAUCGAAGCAGAAGUUUGCACUAUAAUAUUUGGAGAAGACAAACACGUGGAAUACGCAUGUAGAAAAUUCGGAACCGUCGACUUGCACAACGAAACCGUUAGAGUGCCAACUUGUUGACGAGGGAAACAAGCAAAAGACUAACUGGGAAUCAACUAGUAGAAACAAGAGAACGAUCAGGAUUUCAGUGGAUGCAUAAAAGGGCUGGCAAGAGCAACCUGAAUGGAAAAUAAAGCCGCGUCUGGUGUAAUUGCAUAAAGCUGUGGAUCGUCAAUACUCUCCUCUCCAUCAAAUGCUCAAAAACAACGUACGUUAGCUGGUUUCCGACGACAUGUAUGAAUCAAUUCUAUUGCUGUCGAACCAAAGUGACCUCGCGACAAUCAGCACAGUUGCAAAGAACUGUGCAUCAUUGAUGUCUUUCCAUUAAAUGCGUGAACAAAAACACUCGUCAGCAACAUGAAUUCACUGACAUUACCGUGAAUAUACGAAAGCUAUCAAAAGACGCGGAACAAACAACAUAGAGACGCCCAACAGUAAAUGGAACAGUAGACUGCAGGAACGGGUCUUCUACAAAAAGCCAAAUAUGCUUGUUAGGUCUGUAAACUGGAUACACAACCAUAGAAUAUUGCUUUACAAAAUUGCGAGAUUGAAUCACCUGUAACUGUUUUUUUUUUCACCGGACCCAGAACCUAAGUACAUAUUUGUUAUUUCGCAACCGCUGUAUAAUAAUAUAAUUUUAUUAUUAAUUCAAAGAAUGGAAAACGAGUGAUACAAAAAUACUGUUGAACAUCAACAAUUUUAAUUAAAUAUAAGUUUUAUUUUAAAUUAUUUUAUCAAUUGAUCCAAAUUCAUUAUAAUUAAGUUUUAAUCUUAUUUAUUUGAGUAUAAUUUAUGUUUGGCCUCAAGCUCGUUUUAUUUAAUUUUAAAUUCAUAUGAAUAAAAUAUCCUGUUAACACUAA